CACGCCCACAAAAAAAAAAGGAAGAAGAACAAAACCCAAUAAGCAGCGAUCGAAGCUUAACACAAAAGAGCGAAAGCUCGGACAUUCAAAUCCGAAAGCAAUACGACCCAUCAACGGAGACACUGCGAAUUCUAAGAACCAAAAUUUUGCCAAACCCGAGUUUUUAAUCGAAGCGAAGCAGAGGAAGAGCCAGGAAUCAUCGGUGUUGGUCGGGAAAGUUGCUUCUUCUGUCUCGGGAUCUUUUUCCUUCUGUCUGAAAUUCUGGUCGGUAUUACUGAGUUUCGUGAUUUUGCCCGCUCGUGAAGUUGGCGAAAGGGUCGUGGGUGUUUCUUCCAUUGGAGGGCAUCAUUUGAUUACUCGGAGCUAGGGUUUUGAACAUAUUGCGGUACUGAUUCAGCUGAAAUGAAAUUUGGGGGGUUUGGUGUAAGCUGGAUAGUAGAUAUGAUCUCUAGGGUUUUGGUUUUGGGGAGAUGAGAUUUGGCUUUUCCGGCUUCUGGAUUUGGGAGUUGGGGUCGUCUGAAAAUGAGAAAAGCUUCAAUCUUUCUAAAGCUCGAGCUGUCCGUACUCAAACCCUGACGAGUUCUUGAGAUGUGCUUUUUGUGAUUUGCAUUUGGGGAGGGACGAAUUUCAUGAGUAAUAAAAGUUUUAUUGAAGGAUAAUAAACAAUAGCUUAGGGGGUGCAUUUGAUUUGUGCACUCUCUGUCUGUACAUUUGGUUUUGUUGUGGAAGAGAAAGAGGAACAUUUCUGUUUUUGGAUGGUAAGUGAGUUUGUGUUGUGAGAACAGCCAUGCAGCGACCUCAGCACUCUAGGAUUGAUCUGGGUGAGCUGAAAGCCCUGAUUGUUAAGAAGAUUGGGGUUGAAAAAUCUAGAAGGUACUUUUAUUACUUGAGCAGGUUUCUGAGUCGUAAGCUUACUAAGAGUGAGUUUGAUAAGUUUUGUCACAGGCUGUUAGGGAGGGAGAAUCUCCCUCUACACAAUCAGUUGAUCCGUUCGAUUUUGAGAAAUGCAUCUCUGGCUAAGUCCCCACCUCCAGCUCAUGUUGCGGGUCACCUUGCCAAACCUUUGGUACAAACUGUUCAGAGUUCUCCUAACAGAGAAGAACAUAGCGGGUCUUUACUCCCUAACCAUAGCCAAAAUGACCUUGUCUGUUCAAACGGGGUUUUGUCCAUGUCUACACGAAAAGUUAGGUCUGUAAUGCAACACUGGAAGACCAGGGACAGGCCUAGUCCUCUAGGGCCAAACGGGAAGGUCGAAAGUCUGUUGCAUCAGCCCGUGAGUAGGGAGGACAAUAGUGGUACUAUCAACAUGGAAAAUGGGGAUUUGGGUCAUUCUGAUUAUCAUAGAGCAAGCCGAUUUGUUGAUGAAAGUGACCGUUCAUUCCUCCGUCCUGUUGAAAAACCGAGUAUACCAAGUAAAGACCAGGUUGCUACGACAGUUACCAAAGGUGAUAAAGAGGAAGAGAAGUACGCUAGACUAAAUCUCUGGAGAAGUCCUCUAGUUGCACCUCUAGGGAUUCCAUUUUGUUCAGCUAGCGUUGGUGGGGCCCGCAGAACUGCUUCCACCAGUCCAAACCCAACUAGUUGCUAUGACAGUGGUGGAUUAUCCGAUACAGAGAUGCUAAGAAAACGGAUGGAGAAUAUUGCAGUAGCACAGGGUCUUGGAGGAGUUUCGUUGGAGUGUGCUAAUAUGUUGAACAACAUGUUGGACGUUUACCUGAAGAAGCUGAUAAAGUCGUGCAUCGACUUGGUUGGAGCUAGGUCCAAGAGCGGAAUGCCCAGGAAACAAAUUUUAGACAAUCAGCACGUUCAGAACAAGGUUGUAAAUGGAGUGUGUCAGAGUAAUAACUUCCAUUUGCAAAAUAGCUACGGACCUUUGGACACAACACAAGAUCAGCAGCAUUCAGUGUCUCUGCUCGAUUUUAGAGUUGCAAUGGAGUUAAAUCCACACCAACUUGGCGAAGACUGGCCGUUGCUCCGGGAGAGAAUUUGCAUGCGUUUGUUUGAUGAACAAGAAUUGGGGGUGUGAAGGAAUAUUUGUACGUUGACGUAACAAAUUGUCUAAGCCAAGGUCCUAAACUCAGUGGCUGAUUUUUUUGAUGCAUGACUGAUUCAUAACUUUGUGCAUCCAUAAUGGACCAGACGGCUGCAUUCUGUGCCAAAAAAGCACAUCUCUCUCCGGUAGUAACAGACUCGGGACAGGCUGAGGCUAGUAGAUUAUUUUCGACGGCAGCCAAGCUAAGAGGGCAUGUUUGGAACAUAGUGAAUACGUGCCAUUUGUUGCAAUGUUGUAAGAUUAGCUGUCCUGUCCCUUGGUCAUCCCUGCAAGUCUCAAGCUUUCUGUGUAACCCUCGGCCGUUAACGAAAUCUGAGAAAGUUUUGCAGGGGCUACUGUGCUUUAGCUUGGUGAAAGGUGCAAUGCAAUCAUGUAAUAGCUGCAGUAUUGCUCUGUAUGUAACCUAGUCUUAGAAUGGUUUUGGGUUCUUCUCUUACAAUAGUGCAUUGACAUCCACUUGAUAUUGCAUUUUUGUUUUUCAUUUCAAUGGAAGAGUUAAUUUCAAUGACC